ACGACACCCUAACUCCACAUCCUGUAGACGACAGCCUAACUCCACAUCCUGUAGAAGACAGCCUUACCUAACAUUCUGUAGACGACAGCCUAACUCCACAUCCUGUAGAAGACAGCCUUACCUAACAUUCUGUAGACGACAGCCUAACUCCACAUCCUGUAGAAGACAGCCUUACCUAACAUUCUGUAGACGACAGCCUAACUCCACAUCCUGUAGCCGACAGCCUAACUCCACAUUCUGUAGACGACAGCCUUACCUAACAUUCUGUAGCCGACAGCCUUACCUAACAUUCUGUAGCCGACAGCCUAACUCCACAUCCUGUUAUCGACAGCCUAACUCCACAUCCUGUAGACGACACCCUAACUCCACAUCCUGUAGAAGACAGCCUUACCUAACAUUCUGUAGACGACAGCCUAACUCCACAUCCUGUAGCCGACAGCCUAACUCCACAUCCUGUAGACGACACCCUAACUCCACAUCCUGUAGAAGACAGCCUUACCUAACAUUCUGUAGACGACAGCCUAACCUCACAUUCUGUAGACGACAGCCUUACCUAACAUUCUGUAGCCGACAGUCUAACUCCACAUCCUGUAGCCGACAGCCUAACUCCACAUCCUGUAGACGACACCCUAACUCCACAUCCUGUAGAAGACAGCCUUACCUAACAUUCUGUAGACGACAGCCUAACCUCACAUUCUGUAGACGACAGCCUAACCUCACAUCCUGCAGACGAUAG